UCCAGGACCCGCAGGUCGGGAAGAUUAAUCCGCUCUCUGGGGUUAUUCGGCCACAGAAGUACGGUCGAGUCUACAAAGCAGGUCCCGCGUCUGUGGAUUUUACCUACUGUGUACCCAACACUGGGGCCUGGCCAGCCUCCAUUUUUUGGAAACGACAAAAACAAUAAAUGCUACUAUAUCUCAUUUUUCAACAAAGAACGUUAACGUUUAUUCAUCCCUUGCAGAAGCGGGAAGAGGAGGAAGGGGCCAAAACAGAUUGAGGGUUAACUCUGCAGAAGUCAGUUUGGCUCUUUACAUAUUUUCUUUCGUUAUUCCUGCACCAAGCUUGUAACGUAGGCUUCGUUGUUCGCAUUUUACGAAGAGGAGAUUGAGACUCUGAGUCCAGGAGCGACUGACCUAACAGAGAGCCUUGUGUGCUUGUCACUCUCCUUAAGCCCCACCUCUCUUCAAUAGUGCUUAUGUCUAAUUCCACUUAAGCAACUUUUGGAGUAACGAGCAGGGGGAAAAGAUUGACUUUCUGGCCUGGCUCAUAAAGAAGGGAAAGAAGCACUUUGGGAUUGGAAGUAACUCCUAGGGAUUCCUGAUGAGGGGAGAGCGGUUCACCGUGCGUCCCAAUUUCCGGUUCACAAGUAACUCUAUAGUUUGACAGUUACCAUGGCUCCGGGAGAUGUGCGUCUUACGUUCUUCCGCGGCGCUGGCUGAUGGCGUACUCAGUUCCGGCGCCCUCCUUAUGAGGGCGGGGAAGCAAGGUACUGGGGGAAACUUAGCUCUUAGUGUAGCAGGGUCAUGAAGAAGAGGCGGCGGCGGGAGGAAGGAGGAGGCGGCGGGGGUGAGAAACUGCGGUAGUUGUCCGCUGGCCUGUUGGCGUGGCUGUGUGGAAAGGGCGUAGUUCUUAAUCCCUUUUCCGGGCAGCGGCCGGGGCUCGGGGCUGAGAGCGGCCCUGGGGCCGCCUCCCCGGGCCCCCUGGCUCCGCCAUGUUCCGCAGGGCACGCCUUAGCGUGAAGCCGAAUGUCAGGCCUGGUGUAGGCGCCAGGGGUUCAACCGCUCCCAACCCCCAACGUGGACAAGAGGCUCCGAGGCCCCAGGAUCCUGCAGCGGCCUCUUCCCCGAAGCCAGCGGAGUCUACAGAUGUGCCCUUGGUGGACUGCGGGGGAUCCGAGCCCCAAGAAAAGGCUCCCAGGAGCAGUGAUGAAAAGACUGACAGUGAGAAUUAUGUUGAAGAAUCCAGUAAAUCUUCCUCUACUGUUUCACAGAGAAGAAAGAGAAUAUCAAGUACUCCUACUCUGGUUAAGCCUGGUGUCAAUGUUCCUUCAGAAUCUCAUCCCUUAUCUACAGUUAAUCAAGAAGUUCCACAGCCAAACCCUGUUUCAACAAAAGAGGAACAACCAUGUUCAGACAGAUACCGAUUAUAUAAAGCCCAGAAACUAAGAGAAAUGUUAAAAGAAGAAUUAAGAAAAGAGAAGAAGCAAUGGAAAAACAAAUAUGCCAUAAAUGAAAGUCAGAAGCCACCAGAUCGUUCAAAAAUGACUAUGAGAGAUUUCAUAUAUUACCUGCCAGAUAACAAUCCAAUGACUUCUUCACUGGAGCAAGAAAAGAAAACUGAAAAAUCAUUGACACCAGUCCAGACAAGAGAGCAAGAAGGUAAGAGUACUCCUGAUCCGGCAGAUAAUGAAGAACUAGAAGAAGAGGUAGAUGACGGGCCAUUGCUGGUUCCUCGAGUAAAAGUGGCAGAAGAUGGUUCCAUUAUUUUGGAUGAAGAAAGUUUAACUGUAGAAGUUUUAAGGACAAAAGGCCCCUGUGUGGUUGAGGAAAAUGACCCCAUAUUUGAGCGUGGUUCUACAACUACAUAUUCCAGCUUUAGGAAAAACUAUUACUCUAAACCAUGGUCAAAUAAAGAAACAGAUAUGUUUUUUUUAGCCAUCAGCAUGGUAGGAACUGACUUUUCUAUGAUCGGACAGCUUUUUCCUCACAGAGCAAGGAUAGAAAUUAAGAAUAAAUUUAAACGUGAAGAGAAAACAAAUGGAUGGAGAAUAGACAAAGCCUUUCAGGAAAAGCGCCCUUUUGACUUCGAUUUUUUUGCUCAUUUGCUUCAGAAAGUUCUUGCUGAAGAAGAGAAAAGAAAACAAAAAUCUGUUAAAAAUCAGAGUUUAAAGGAGAAGAAAUCUUCUAAACCACGGAAAAAUGUAAAAGUGAAAAAAGUUGCCAGUGAAGGAGGAAAUGAUGAUCCAGAUGUGUCUCCGAGCACCAAAAUUUCAGACACAGAAUCACCUCAAAAGGAUGCUCAGAUAGUUGAAGAAGAACAACAGUCUCAGACUUUAACAGGACAGGAUUCAGAACAGAUUGCAUUAGAACCAAACCUAAAUCAAAAGAAAAGAAGAAGAAAGAAUCAGGAUGAAGUUGGUAAACAGGAAGUAAAAAAUCUUUCAGGAAAUGCCACUGUUCAGUUAGGUCAUUCUAAAGGAGAAAAAUACAAAAAUAAAGAUCAGUCUUUAAGGACUGAGAUAAAUGAAGAUGAAGUCAGUAAGGAACAGAAGCUUUCUUGCCUACAAAACAUGGAUGACAUUGUGGAUUUAUCCUCCAGUGAAAAAGCUGAGAAAAGAGCUGACCCUAUCCUUUUAUCAAGUGAUCAACAAGGUGCUGCAACCUCACUAGCAACUGAAGCUUCAGAAUCAAGCCCUUCAGAUUUGCCUUUAUCAGAAGCUGGCAUUACCUCACUGUGUGAAGUGAAUAAUGUUGAAAGUAGUUGUACAGAAGAAGGCAGUGUUGACCUAAAAAAUAAAUCAUUGGAAACUGAUCAGUCAAGAAAUGUUAAACUGAUGGGAAGAAGACAACUACAGAGACCUAAACCCAAUUUAUCAAGGGCAGUUGGGAAGAAACCUGUUCUUUCACAAGGUAAAACAGAUGCGGAGAGCAAGAGUUUACAUGCAGAAACUUCAGUUGAAAAGAAUCAUAUGGAAAAGGAUAAAGUGAAUACAUUGGACGUUUCUGGAAUGGGGAAUACAGAGAGAGAGAACCCAGAAGCUGAGACUGUAUCUACUUCUAGUGAAAAAACUGGUCUGCAGGAAGAUGAUCAAGCGAAGGCUGUCAGACCAGCACGACUAAUGAGGGGUCGAUUGCAAAGGCCAAAGCCAAAUGUAGGAAAAGCUGCUGAAAGAAAAGAAAUUCUUGCAUCACAGGAAAAAAUUGAGGCUAAUGUAAAAAAGAAUGAAAGUCAAUCCUGUAUUACUAGAGAUAGUCCUGAACAAGUAGAAGAUCAGUCAUGUAAAAAUUUUGACUUUGAAGACAUCACAUUACAAUCUGAGAAAGAAGAUAAUUUUUUUCAAAUGAACGUUAAUGAAUGUGUAAGUAUUCAAGAGGAUAAUAAAGUCCCAGUUCUGAAGACUCGAUUUCAGAAACCAAAGCCAAAUAUAGGAAGAGGAGCUAGAAGAAGAGAAAUUUUCUCAAAGGAAGCGGUGUCAGAGGAGAUUGUUACAUCUGGGCAAUUCACAGCGCCUUUGGGAGAAAUUACGAGAGUGGAAGAAACCUUACCAAGGGAGAGUAUAUUAGUGGAGGCUAAUACUACUAAGGAAAUGGAGUCAUAUUUAAAAAAAACUGAAAGAGACAACUCUCCCAGAGAGAAGAUACCAGAAAUGAGGGACAACACUGUGGAUAUGGAGACAGAUUUGAAAGAAACUGGAAGAGAGGUUUCUCCAAAGGACACUAUAUCAGAGGUGUCUGAUGUCAUUGAGGAAAGUGUGACAGAUUUGGAAGAAACUGGAAGAGAGGUUUCCCCAAGGGACACUAUAUCAGAGGUGUCUGAUGUCACUGAGGAAAGAGUGACAGAUUUGGAAGAAACUGGAAGAGAGGUUUCCCCAAGGGACACUAUAUCAGAGGUGUCUGAUGUCACUGAGGAAAGAGUGACAGAUUUGGAAGAAACUGGAAGAAGAGAAAUAUCCCUACAGGAAAAUGCCCUGGAGGUCAGCACUACAGAUGAAGUAGAAACAGGUUUAGAAGAAACUGGAAGUGAGGUUUCUGUAAGGGAAAAUGUACCAGAGAUGGUUGAUGCUACUGAGGACAGAGAAACACAUUUGGAAAAAACUGAAAGAAGAGAAAUAGGCACAGAAGGAAAGGCCCCACAGGUCGAGACUCAAGGUGAAAUGGAGACAGAUUGGAAAGAAAUUGAAAAAGGAACUUCCCUGAGAGAAAAGGUACUAGUGGGUAUCAGUGCCAUGGGGGAAAGGGAGAUUGAUUUGAAAGAAACUGGAAAAAGAGACCUUUCCUUGAUGGAAGAGGUAUCAGGAAAGACGACUGCUACUGAAGAAACAGAGGCGGAAUCAAAAGAAACUGGAGGAGACAUUUCCCUGAAGAAAAGCAGAUCAGAAGAGAUUAAUGCCCCUGAAGAAAUGGCUGCAGAUGUGGAAAAAACUGGAAAAAUAGAUAUUUCUCUAAGGAAAAAUGGAGCAGAGACUAGGACCUCAAGACAAACGGACACAGAUUUAAUGCAGAGCAGUAGUAGUUGCUGCAGCACUAUGCCUUCACUAAAUACCAAAAACGUUAGCAGUGAAGUACUAUCCAUGGUGCAUACACCUGAAGAAGAAAAAAGAAAUUCUGAAAAGGAACUGUCAGGUCACUUGAGUUGUUUGAAGACUUCUUUGCAGACUUCUGAACCUGAUAAAACAGAAGACCGGGGGAUGCUAUCUUCAGAUGUUCCAGAGCAGUUUUCAGAUACUAAUUUAAGCAAAUCUCUUCCUCAAGAGCAGAAGCCACUUGAAGUUAAACCAGCACCUUUUGUGAGAAGUCGAUUCAAAAGACCAAAACCAAACUUAGCAAGAGCAACUUUAAAGAGAGAGACUACAGAAGCAGAAAAAUAUGUAUCUGGGAAGAAAUUGGAAACUGAUAAUACUGAGACCGUUGUGGUACAGCAGGGCAGUGACCAGAUGAACAGUCUCCCUUCUCAACAUGGUGUGGCUUCCCUAAUGACAUCAAGAGAAAAAGACAUAUCAGGUCACAGGGAGGAGGAGUCUGUAAUAUUACCAUGUAUACAGACUGAAAAGGACCUUUCACCUUUGAGUUCUUGUGAUCCUAAAGAGCUGUCUCAGCCUACACAGGCCCAGGAAAAGGAAUUAGUUGUUUCUACAGGGGCUCAUAAUACAAGCACUUUCCAGCAAGAAGUGAAGGAAAGCGUUAUCCCAACUGCUCAAACAGUAAGGAGCCGAUUUCAGAGACCCAGACCAAACAUAAGAAAGACUGGACAGAGGCAAAUAGAAAAAGGUGAAGCUGAAGGCAUAAUUAAGGAAGAAAGAACGAUAGUACAAAAAGAUGAAAUUAAAAAGUUCUUGACUGUGCCAAAUUCUCCAAUUGGAACUGAAAUUGAAGUUGUAUCCUCCAAAGUUUCAGAGUCACAGUAUGAAAACCAGAGUCACAUGGUUCUUGUAGAACCUCUUCAUCUUAACAAAAUAAAUGUUUUAGAUGAAAAGAUGAGACAUGAACCUAAAAGGUCUGUUCCCAGUGUAGCACAUUUGGUAAGAAGGCAAUUCCAAAAGGCUAAACCAAAUUUGGGAAGAGCACAUGGUAAGAAAGAGGAACCAGGCAUAGAAAAACACAGAGCAGAUCAGAGUGAGGCAAGGAAGCCAGAAGAUAAUUUGCUGCAGCCAGGAGAUUCUGACACUCAUCUCCUUCAAAAAGAAAAGGCUGAGUUUCUGACAUCUUUGGAGGUUUCAGCAAGAAAAGAUUGUGUAGAUUCCACAGAGGCCUCUUUGGCCAAAAACAAUGCUCCUUCAGAAGUUGGACCAUCAGGAAGCGGAGAAAAAACUGUAGGGGAUAAAUCUGUGUCUUCGGUUGCUGAAGAGCAGUGUCUCAGUAAACUAUCAAGCUCUCCACAGCUGUUAAAAGAAUCAAAUUACUCUAAAAUUGGUCUGGAUCGAAGAGCAACUGUCUCUUCUGCUUCUGAGUGUGAGGUAGAUCAUAGUGGAAGGAGAAUGCAUCGCAAGAUGAAACCAAGUGUCACCAGAGGGCGUGGAUCAAAACGAGUUCGAAGUAAGACCUUUAAGAAGGAACCUCGAGCUUCCAAGGCCACGCUGGUGACUCUUCGGGCUUCGCAGGAAGAAGAUGAAGAUGAUGAUGAAGAUUUUGAGCCUGAUUAUGAAGACGAAAGUUACCAUCUUGCUCCAGAAGAAGUAAACAAAGCUCCAGUGUUUGUUCCCAUUGGUCUCAGGUCUCCCGAACCUGUUUCUGCUCAGAUCGAGGAAACGAUGGAAGAGCUUGAAAUAACUGUGAAUGUGCCAGAUAUAGGCAUAGCUGUUGUUGAACAUCCACUCUCAAACACAGAUGUGACUACUCAGGAGAUGAAACAAGAAGAAAAUUUGAAGGCAUUAUCUGUUGAAAUCAACACAGGUGAACAUACCCAAGAUGAAACAGGUACCAACGAUGGAAGCACUGAAGCUGCUAUAACUUUACUUACAAUGGGAGAUCUAGUGUUGCAAUCAGAGAUCGGUACAGAACAGAGUGAUGGAGUAUGUGUACUUCUUGAUGUUCAUUCAAAGGAUAAAAGCUGUGUUCCUUUUAGCCCAGAUAAUGUAAAUCACAAAAUUGUUCGUGAAUGUCAGGAGCUUUCUUCACCUGUCAAUAGUACAUCUCCUUCUUCAUUAGAAGAAAACAAGAUUGUAUUGGAAGAGCAAAGUACUAAAGAAGAAAUUGGUUUAGUGGAGAAAGUAAAGGAAAACGCUGUAUCAACCAGGAAUACAACUUCUGAAGUGACUGGUAAUUUGAGAAUGAGAAGUAGAUUUGCCAAGCCUAAACCAAAUCUUGAGACUUCAGGGACCAACAGGUUUGGUGUUCAUCAGGAAGUUCCCAGUGUGUUUGUAAACAAAGGAGAAGUAGUAGAAAGUCAAAGAGAAACUGAGAAAAAUGCUUCUGAAGCAACGGAAUUACAAGAUGAAAACCUUGGAUCACUUACAACAGCAGAGAAUAAGGAGCAGAGCAAAUUGGCUUGUGAACAUGGUAUUGAAGAGACUAUUUCUCAAGAAGCAAAUCUAACUGAAAGAAACGAUGAUCAAGAAGAAGAAUCUCAAAAGGUUCAGAUAUCGUCAGUUGCUCCAGUUGUUUCCUUUGAGACAAGGCCCCAUACACUUGGUUCAGAUAUGGUUCUCAGUGAGAGUUCCAUCAAAGAGCCCCAGAGAAAGGACUCUAAUGGAGACAGUGUGCUUGCACUUCAUGUGUCAGAGGGUACACCAACUAGUAUGCUGGAAGUCCAACAAGAGAAUGUAAUCAGUUCUCAAGACUUAGCAGUGAAUCUAGUUGCUAAUGUACAUCAAGAUGGUGAGGAUGAACAAGCAUUCAUUUUAACUCUGGUGGAAAUCCCAACCAAUGCUGUAGAAGAAUUUAGUGAUACCACUGCACAGUUAAUGCCAAACCCUUUACUGCCAGCACCCAUAUUGAUCAAAUCCGUGAAUACAGAAGAAAGGAGUGACAUGAGUUUUCCAGUAACUUCAGUUGGUCAGGAUACCAUGUGUUUAUCUGAUUCUGGAAAAGAUGGUUCUGAAGAGCCUCCUCCUGCUAAUUUGGAUCUUAUAUCUAGGAAGAGAUUUCACUGUAUGCUUGAUGAAAGUAACCAUGUUCCUCCUGCCAAAAAAAGUUUGCUCACUUCAGGAGAUGAUUGUCAAAAUCAUACCUCUGAGGUGUGUUCAAAGGAAAUGAUAAAUGUUUCUGAGGAAACAGGGGAGUCUUACAAGGAACAAGGUAUCUUCCCUACCUCAGGAAGCACACAUACAACUCCAGAACCUCAGAAAGAGCAACUUGAACCAACUUUUCAGAGUAUAGGAUCUGGAUCUCCUGAUAAAGUAACAGAUACACAUAUAGAAAAAAGUACAUCUCAGUUACCUCAGGAUGAGAGGAGUGUGUCUGAUAAGGAGGAGAGAACUUGUGCUGCUUCGAAGUCUGAACAAAUGGAUAGCAUCCCAUCAUCUUCAAAAACCCCAUUAUCCAGACCUGGCAGAAGACCCCUGGGAUUUUUGUCUUUAAUAUGUUCAAAGAAUAGUUUGGAGUCUGAUGAACCUACUCAGGUUUAUAAUAAGAAACGUCUAAAACCUCUUAUACCUAUACCAAGAAAGAAUUUGAAAAGAUCAAAUCCACUCACUGAAAGCCAGAAAAAAAUCCAAGAGUCCUCUGAUCAGCUUCCAUCUCCAAGGGUUGUUGAUACUCCUUCUGAGAGUAUUGGCAGUUCAGCAACUCAGGUUUCUUGUGAUCCUCCCUUACCAAAAGAAGAAAGUAAAAGUGGCCAAAACCGGGUACCUGAAGAGGAGCCAACCACAGUCUCUGAAUAUUUCUUUAGUGAUAUCUUUAUCGAAGUAGAUGAAACAGAAUAAAAGUCUUUUUUUUAAAUUUUUUUUUAAGUCUAGGAUUUCCAGAGUCAAAUAUCAACUAAGCAGUAUUUAGAAAAAAGCAUCACAGGCUAUUUUUCUUUAGAUUGAUUUUGAAUAUCUAAUGAGCUUGAUUUGAAGUUCUUAUAAUCAGUGGAAAACAUUGCUGAGGUUCCUUUCAUUCUGAUUGAUUCAGCAUUUUGGAAAAUACAAAGCAAUUAAGACUGCUUCUGAGACAGAAAUAGCUUCUCUUGUUUACAUUUUGACUCUCCUGUGCUGAACACACCAUGGACAUUUUGGAAUGUUGUGGAUAAAUGUCUCUGCAUAAAUCACAAUGCUGACAUAUUUGGAGGUGGAUUGUAUUUAGCAUUUAGCGAACUUCUUUCGUAAAGGUUUUUUUCUGGGUUUUUUUGGGUUUUGUUUUUUGUUUUUUAUUUGUUUUGCUGAAGGCCUUUACAGUUGCCUCUAAGUAUAUGAAAGCAUAUUGUGAAACUCCACUUUAGUAUGGUAAAUGUUAAAACCUUUUCUAUUAUGAGCUAUUUGACUGGAAAAUAUGUAUUUUUCUAAUUUCAUGUUGAUGUUAACAUUAGUCCUAAUUGAACAAGUAGUAUUUAAACUUAUUUAUAAAGAUGAAACAUCAAAAAGUUUAUUUAUUUUUUAAUUUUUUAUUUAAAAGAAUAUUCAGUUUUAAUUAUUUUCACCACUCAGAUUAUGGGUAAAGAAGACAUUGACAAAUUUAUGUUUGUCCCGUUUCCCUCUUUAAUUUUAAAGAUAUUUAAAGUUAUAUCACUAAAAGUAUUUGGAUAGUAGAUAUGUUUUGAAUACAUUUUUUUCUCAUAGUUUAGUAUAUUGAAUUUGUACUGUGAAGUUUUUGUUUUUAUUUUUUGGAUAAUCUCAGGAUUUGUAUGGGAAAAAAACCCCUAAUUUAUGAGGGAGAUUUACAUUCAAAACUUAGUCCCUUUUACACACACACACACACACACACACACACACACACACACACACACACUCCUUUUUUUAAAAACUAAUUUCUUGUUAGUUUUUGCCCCCCAUUAAAUUUUGCUUAAGGGACACUUAGGCCUUUAAGCACAGAACAUAAUUGUGAUGUUAAAACAGGAAAUAAGAUAAUAAGACUUUAUUUAGUCAGUGAUUAUCAUCAGUAUUAAUUUAAGGGUUUUUAAUUUUGAAAUUUUGUUAUUUACAUAUGUAAUUCCAUUAUCCACCCACACAGAUCUUUGGUGGUUCAAAUCAAACUUCUCAAAAACAGAUUUAUUCUUUUAUUUGAAAAGCCUCAGAGCAGGAGUCAGAAACAUUUUCUGCAAAAUAUCCUUCAAUUUGCGGGCCACAUGGCCUCUGUGGCAACUGUUCAAUUCUGCUGUUUCAGUGCUGCUGAAAACAGCCACAAACAAUACUGAAGGGAUUGACAUGGCUGGAAUGGACUUUUAGUUUGACCCCUACAUUAGACAGUCAUUUUCUUACCUUUAGGUGCUGACGUUUUAUCUACGACAUACAUAUAUGUCAUUCAAGUUAUAAGUUGUGCAUCACAAUUAAAACUGUGUUGAUUGCAUUACAAAAUGAUCAGUAUUUCAACUGGGAAGAUAUUUUAAUGUCUAGAUAAUUGUUUAUAUAUUGAAAAAAACAGUGGCCAAAUUUCAAGUUCAUUAGUAAAAUAGGAUAUGGCUCAGCAAGUGUAACAAUAAUCCUAAAAUUGCUAUUAGAGCAUUUCUUAUUCAUUGCUUUAUAGUGAAAUUUACAAUUUAACUUUUUUGUCAUAAAGGAGGAUCUAUAAAUCUGAGUGAAAAUUCUCAAUAGGUAUGCAUUAAUUUAUUUCAUGGCAUUAAUAUGUAACAGAAACCAUGGUAGUAAAUCACAUUGCUAUUUUAAUGCCCUGUUUUUAUAAAAUUUUUAAAGUCUCACAUUCUGAAACAGUUUUUUUCAUUUAAUGUUAGUUUGGAUGUUAGUGCCACAGUUAAACUAUUAUUUUAUCCCUUGUGUAAUAUUUUUUAACUUUGUUAACAUCUGUCUUUUGUUCAUCUAUAAUGAAUUCAUUUUAUGGAAGAUGUAACUUCUUACUAUAUAAGAAAUAAUUUUAUCCUUGGGCAUUCAUUGUGUAAGAGAAUCAAGUCAGCCAAGCUAAAUUAUCCUACUAUUAUAUCCUUAAAACUAAUCUGGGAAAAUAAGAAACUUAAUCAUUGUAUUUACCUUACAAGGUGGAAAGAAUUAGUCACACCCUUUGUUUAUAAUCAUGUAAAGAUGAUGUUGUGAAGAAUUAUUUUGUAAAUCUUAAAGGUGGUAUGAAUAACGGUCUUUGUUUUCUUGACUUUUCCUCCUGAAUACUUAUGUCUUAGCAAGUGGUCAACAUGAUGGUUUUAAAAGCCUAAUUGUUAGUAAAUGAUUGAGGCACAGUUAAAAAUAUGAAUAUCCACUGUUUACCACCAUGUUAUUCGAAAUAGAAGUGACCAUGUGUACUCUCUUGCUUGAAGGAGUUUUUGACAAAAAAGCAAUAUCUGUCAUUUGUAAAUUUUCUUGUUCUAAAGAAAGCAGUUAUGUUCUAUAGAUAUAAAUUAUGUAAAUAAAAGUUAUUUUAUACUA